CACCGGACCUACGCCGAGCUCACUGUGCUGGCCGACCUAUUGCCAAGAAAGACUGAUAUGGAAAGAAAAAUAGAAAUAGUCCAGUUUGCAAGUCGCACUCGUCAACUGUUUGUUCGUUUGUUAGCCUUAGUCAAAUGGGCUAAUAACGCCGGAAAGGUGGAAAAAUGUGCGAUGAUAUCAAGUUUUUUAGAUCAGCAAGCCAUUCUGUUUGUGGACACUGCUGAUCGUCUGGCAUCGCUAGCUAGAGAUGCUUUGGUUCAUGCUCGUCUACCUAGUUUUGCUAUCCCGUAUGCUAUUGAUGUUCUGACAACUGGAUCAUACCCGCGUCUGCCUACCUGCAUUAGGGAUAAAAUAAUCCCUCCUGACCCAAUAACAAAGAGUGAGAAGCAAACCACACUUCAUCAGCUAAACCAGAUUCUUCGACACCGACUUGUGACUACAGAUCUCCCUCCACAGCUGGCAAAUCUUACAGUUGCCAAUGGCCGUGUGAAGUUCCGAGUUGAGGGUGAGUUUGAGGCCACCUUGACAGUGAUGGGUGAUGACCCUGACAUCCCCUGGCGCCUUCUCAAACUGGAAAUUUUGGUUGAAGACAAGGAAACUGGUGAUGGUCGAGCCUUGGUUCACAGCAUGCAGAUCAACUUCAUCCAUCAGUUGGUCCAGUCACGGCUGUUUGCUGAUGAAAAGCCACUUCAAGACAUGUACAGCUGCCUGCACUCCUUCUGCUUAGCACUUCAGUUGGAAGUCUUACAUUCACAAACACUAAUGCUGAUUCGAGAGCGCUGGGGUGACCUUGUGCAAGUGGAGCGAUAUCAUGCAGGGAAAUGUCUCUCGCUCUCUGUUUGGAAUCAACAGGUGCUUGGCAGGAAAACAGGGACUGCAUCUGUUCAUAAGGUCACUAUUAAGAUUGAUGAGACUGAUGUCUCAAAACCCUUACAAAUAUCUCAUGAGCCUCCACUGCCAGCCUGUGAUUCCAAACUGAUGGAAAGAGCCAUGAAGAUUGACCACCUAUCAAUAGAAAAGCUACUAAUAGACAGUGUCCAUGCAAGAUCUCACCAAAAACUCCAGGAGCUGAAAGCCAUUCUUAAGAGCUACAACGUUAAUGACAAUUCGUUCAUUGAGACGGCUCUUCCAACUCUUGUAAUUCCAAUUUUGGAACCAUGUGGUCGAUCAGAGUGCCUGCAUGUAUUUGUUGAUCUCCACUCUGGAAUGUUUCAACUGAUGCUGUAUGGUGUUGAUCAACUGACACUCGAUGACAUAGAGAAGUCUGUUAAUGAUGAUAUGAAACGUAUCAUUCCUUGGCUUCAGCAGCUCAAGUUCUGGCUUGGACAGCAACGUUGCAAACAGUCUAUAAAACAUCUGCCUACAGUGAGCAGUGAAACUCUUCAACUAGCUAAUUAUGCUAGCCAUCCAGUGGGAAGCCUUUCCAAACACAAAUUGUUUAUCAAACUCACUCGCCUUCCACAGUACUACAUUGUUGUAGAGAUGUUUGAUGUUCCUGGCAACCCCACAGAACUAGAGUACAAGUACCAUUUUCUCUCUGUGAGCUAUGCUGAAGGAGAUGACAGCCCUGCCACUGCACUUUUACUGCAGCAGUUCAAACCGAACAUUGAAGAGUUGGUACUAGACACAAAAAGUGGGAAACAAAUGAAAAGUGGUGUCAAGCGCAAGUUAUCUGGCGAUCCAUGUUCCAUAGAACCUAAGAAACCGAAACGGUCGGGAGAAAUGUGUGCCUUCAAUAAAGUGCUAGCUCAUAUUGUAGCCAUGUGUGAUACAAAUAUGCCGUUUAUAGGGCUUCGUAUGGAGUUAUCUAAUAUGGACAUUCCUCACCAAGGAGUACAGGUAGAAGGAGAUGGCUUCAGCCAUGCAAUACGUUUAUUAAA